CCCAAAAAAUAUCUAAAACCCGCCAGAUGCAAACAUUUUCUUCUUCACGAUUCAAAAUUUCAACAGUAGCACGCAGUAAUUUAAGUAUGUAUGUUUCAAAUCGAAGAAAAAAUUGACAGUUUCAAAGAAAAUCAAUAAAUGGAGGAUUCACAGUCGAAUUCUUCAAAAGUUUUUAGUGUAAGAAUCGUAUCAAUAGAUUCUUAUAUGGCAUCGCCAAUCCCUAACAUCGACGCUUGUUACAGUAGCUUCCAAGGAGGUAAGGUGAAUGAGGUUCCUGUUAUAAGGAUUUAUGGCUCAACGCCUGCUGGUCAGAAGACUUGCUUGCAUGUUCAUAAGGCUUUUCCCUAUUUAUAUGUGCCGUGUUCGGAUAUACCACAUGCUCCAAAUCGACAAGGUGAUUCGUACACAAACGCAAUCUCUCUUGCUCUUGAGAAAGCGUUGAAGCUUAAGGGUAGUGCUGGUUCAAAAAGACAGCAUGUUCAUGGCUGCAGCCUUGUGCGAGCAAGGAAAUUUUAUGGUUAUCAUUCCUUGGAAGAGCUGUUUGUUAAGAUUUACCUCUAUUAUCCACAUGAUGUCUCUCGUGCUGCCAAUCUACUUCUGGGAGGGGAAGUUUUUGAUAAAAGUUUGCAGCCUCAUGAAGCUCAUAUUCCUUAUAUACUCCAGUUUCUGAUUGACUAUAGUUUGUAUGGAAUGGGUCAUGUUCAUCUAUCAAAGAUUAAGUUCCGCCCUCCAGUACCCGUCGUUUGUAUGCCAAGGAAAUUUAAUUGCAAUCGUCAUUAUGGACCAGCGAUGGAAAAUUCAACAUGCAUGUCUGCUGAAUUUGAGGCAGGUUUGAGUGCUGGGGAGUCUUUGGAUUCUCCAGUUUGGAUAUCUUCCACUAUUCCAGGUGAUUGGAUGUGGUGUUUUUCUAGUGAAUUUGAGGUUUCAUCAGAUCAAGGCAAUUACCACAUUAAGCGUCAAAGUAUUUGUGAACUUGAGGGAGACGCUACUGUAGAUGAGAUUCUCAAUCAGCAAUUUAAAACAUAUACGUCCCUCUCGCAAACUUCUUCUGAUGUGAAAAUGGUGCAGUCACUUUUUCCUAUUUGGGAGGAAGAGUAUGAAAGGACGGGGGUGCAUGGAGCAGCUAUACAAUCAGACCCUGGAAAACCUCUGGCUGAGGAUGUGUUGAAAACUUUGUUGCGUGGUCUUGACUUUGAAAGAAAACUUACAGAAUUGUAUAAUGAAUCUGAAAAAAACUUACCACCGGUUGGGGAUAACGUCAAAUCUGAGUCUUCAUCGAAAUGUUUGACUGAUGAAGAAAUUCUUGUUAAAGACAGAAGUAUUAAUUUUGAUGACACAAAUAAGGAGCUUUUGACCUGUGUUGUAGAAAGAAAGAAUGGUGGAUCUUCGUCACAGUCACCUUCUUUAUGUGAAGAAGAGGUGCACACAGCACCUGCACAAGGGAAGGAUGCAUAUCCAGAAAUUUUGUCUGCGAAUGACAGAUUAUCCUCUAGGACAAUUGGAACAUUGGAUCCAAAGGCUGCAGAUACAGAGGCUCUUGGGCUUCUAAGAUGGCUUGCCACUUCUCAGGCAGCUGAAGAUAUAAACUCUGAUGAUGAAUUUGUUCAUGCAACCAUUCUGAGUCCAUUGUUGCAAGCAAAAAUUGAUAAAUAUCUGGACAAAGCAAAUAUGGAAUCUGAGAGUGAAUCCCAAAAGGAAUGUCAGGACAUUCUUGAUUCAGUUGAGGAGGAUUUUGCCAACUUAGAGGGUUUGAAGGUGGAAGCAUGUCAUUCUAUUGAUUGUAGUGUUCAUAGUCAAAGUUCAUCAGAGAUCGCUCAAGGGGAUGCUUUGCUCUCAGCUGUUGUCAAAUCUUCUGGAAAUUCAUCAAAGAUAGAGACUAGAGGCGAAUCCAAAAGGAAGUUCCAACACCAGGUGUUGCAGACUGGAUGCACUACUGAUAAGUACAAAAGGAAAAAGUUAAUAUGGGGUUCUUUACCCUUUGUGAUGACCCGGAAAGAAAAUGAUGAAGUAGAAGCUGUAGGACCAAACAUAGCUGAAGCACCUGUUUGUGGAGUUAAAAAUUGCACAAUGAAAUUUGUAGCUGGAAAUGAGGGAGAAGGUUCUGAUGCUAUAAUAAAAUAUUCAGGCGGUUCUGUUUCUGAAGCAGAUAAUUUAGUAGGAUCCUCGGUGCGUGACUUGAUGAGAAAAAAGCGCCGUCCCUUAAUCUCCAAGCAGGAAUUAGGCCAUGAGGGUGUUAAAAUAGUUUAUUCACAAGACGGACAUGAACAAGAAAAUAUUAUCUUGCCAAAACAAUUGGAUUUCCAUGCAGUUCAUGAUGAUGAGCACGAGGAUAAAUCUCUUGCAUUUGUGGCUUCCAGGUCUUUGGUUAGUGAAAUACAAACAAAAUUUUCUGAAGUUCAUAAUUUUAAAUCUACCUCUAAUACAUGCGUGGAAGUAGCCUAUGCAUCCAGCUGUAAUGGCCCAUUGCUGAAAAUAUCUCAUCCUUCAUCCUCGGAAACAAAGAAGAAACAUUUAGAAUUUCCAAAUACGUUCAGCAAGUUAGAUUCUGCAUUUGUUAUAGGCCAUGGUGAAACUUAUAGUAGUAAAGAGUUUGAAUGUAAAGGCAUGGCAUCUGCUGAAGCUGUAAAUUGUAGUGUUCACAAUUCCCAAUCUGAUAUAUCAUCUGGAACUCUGGGAUUUAAGGGCAUAAAUUUGGUUAAUAAGAGAUUUGUGCAAAAAGAGCUUACUGGUAGUGACAGCUUGUUGGAUUCUCUUAUUAAGCAUGAGAUGUCUGCAAAACAUGAUUAUGAGCAUAAAAGUGGCAACAGAAGCAGCAGUUUAGCAGAACAGUUAAAUGAAACUCUCAUUAAAAUUUCUAAGAGCAUGGAUAUUUCAGCUGACACAACUAUUUUGCAGAAUGAAAAAUCUCGUGACUUAAUACUUGGAGGAGUCUCGAGUAUCAUUCUAUAUGACAGCUCCAUAUCCAUUAUUGACAGCACGGAAGUACGAGGAAACUUAGUUAGCAUGAGCUUCAGCAAGAAACCACCUGUUUUGAACUGGGAAGAUGGAGCACCUAACAAUGCUUUAUUUUCACCCGUUCUAUCUUGUCACACUUCCUUUGUUAAUAGGGAUAACAAACAUGUAACCUCAGGGAAUUCGUUUGAUGAACUUUUGCCAUUUUUUGAAGGGGAAUGUCAAGAGAAGAAAGAAGUUCAGAACUUUGUCCUUCCAGCCAGUGAUUCAAAUGUUCUGCAAAAAACUAUUAUGGGUGUCCCAACUCACUAUCAAAAUGAUGGCUCGCUCUUAUACCUUUUGACGCCUGUGUAUUCACCUCCUUCUGCAGAUUGUGUGAGUAGAUGGUUAGGAUGCAUAGAUGAAGAUGCCAUUGGAAAGACUGAUGUACAGUCAGCUGGGCUUUUGUCCACUCAAGACUCUUUUGAGAUAGGUUCACAUGGCUCUUUCUGUGUUUAUGGCAAUGAAGUUUCUGUGGAAUCACACUCUGUAUCUCACACAAUACCUAUAGAGGAUCAAGUUCAACGCAAAAAACAUCAAAAUUCAAAUUCAGAGUUUCACCCUAAUCAUGAUCGGCUUCAAAGACUUCUGCUUUGUGAAGAAAGUAAUGCAAAACCAAACACAUCUACUGAUUGUUCUGUAGAUCUAUCUCAAAUUUCGGGACCAAAUGAGAGGUCAAGGCCUACUCCCCUCAGUCAAACCGGAUUUCGGGAUCCUGCAAGCACUGGUGCUGGGCAGCAAUUAACAAUGUUAAGCAUUGAGGUUCAAGCUGAAUCUAGAGGAGAUCUCAGACCGGAUCCUCGGUUUGAUGCUAUCAAAGUUAUAGCUCUUGCUUUUCAGAAUGACAAUGAUUCUGCUGUUGAAGUUCAUGUUCUUAUGUACAGUAACAUAGAAUCUUAUUCAAGAAGUUCUGAUGGCUUAUGUGAAAACAAGAUGUUUUAUUUCCCCGAGGAGGUGCUCUUGCUUAGCCAAUUCAUAAGAAUUAUAAAUUCAUAUGAUCCAGACAUUUUAAUGGGUUGGGAUGUCCAAGGUGGUUCUCUUGGUUAUUUGGCUGAGCGGGCUGCACAUCUUGGUAUUGGCUUACUUAAUGAGAUUUCUCGGACACCAUCAGAUUCCAUUGUGGGGGCCCGAGAAACAGAAAUUUCUAAUAAAAAAGUAUUUGAUGCUGUAUCGGAUGAACCACUAGUUGCAGAGUCUGCUUUCGUAGACCAAGCAGUAAUUGAAGAUGAGUGGGGCCGAACUCAUGCCAGUGGCGUCCAUGUUGGUGGAAGAAUUGUCCUUAACAUAUGGAGACUGAUGCGUAACGAAGUUAAGCUUAACAUGUACACAAUUGAAGCUGUUAGUGAAGCUGUUUUGAGGCGAAAAAUUCCUUCAAUGCCACACAGCGUACUAACAAAAUGGUUUUUGAGCGGUUCUGGAAGAGCAAGAUAUAGAUGUAUUGAGUACAUAGUACAGAAGGCAAAACUGAACCUUGAGAUAAUGUAUCAACUUGAUAUGAUAAAUAGAACAUCCGAGCUUGCACGUGUAUUUGGCAUCGACUUCUUUUCAGUUCUUUCACGAGGUUCACAGUACCGUGUAGAAUCUAUGUUUCUCAGACUUGCACAUACGCAGAAUUAUCUGGCAAUUUCUCCCGGAAAUCAACAGGUUGCCUCUCAACCAGCAAUGGAGUGCAUACCCCUAGUAAUGGAGCCAGAAUCUGGUUUUUAUGCCGAUCCAGUUGUAGUCUUGGAUUUCCAGUCUCUUUAUCCGUCAAUGGUAAUAGCAUAUAACCUUUGCUUUUGCACAUGUCUUGGAAAUGUUUCAUGUUCGAGUGCAAAUACACUUGGGGUUAGUUCAUAUUCACCAGAUCCACAUGUUCUAGAGGAUUUGAAAGAUAAAGUAUUGCUUACUCCAAAUGGUGUUAUGUAUGUGCCUUCAAAGGUCCGUAAAGGCGUACUUCCCCGGUUAUUGGAGGAAAUAUUGUCGACCAGAAUAAUGGUGAAACAAGCAAUGAAGAAGUUGCCUGCCACACAACAAGUUCUUCACAGAAUACUGAAUGCAAGGCAGCUUGCUUUAAAGCUGAUAGCAAAUGUAACCUAUGGUUAUACAGCUGCUGGAUUCAGUGGCCGCAUGCCUUGUGCAGAGCUUGCUGAUAGUAUUGUUCAAUGUGGCCGUAGCACGCUGGAAAAGGCUAUUUCCUUGGUAAAUGCAAAUGAUAAAUGGAAUGCUAGAGUUAUAUAUGGUGAUACUGACAGCAUGUUUGUCCUUCUGAAGGGACGCAGUCGCAAAGAAGCUUUCCAAAUUGGGCGUGAGAUAGCUUCAGCUGUAACUGUCAUGAAUCCAGAUCCGGUCACAUUGAAAUUGGAGAAAGUCUAUCAUCCAUGUUUUCUCCUCACUAAAAAACGUUAUGUUGGUUACAGCUAUGAGAAUGCUGACCAGAUUGAACCUGUUUUUGAUGCCAAAGGUAUUGAGACUGUCCGGAGAGAUACUUGUGUUGCUGUUGCCAAAAUCAUGGAGCAGUCCCUGAGACUCUUUUUUGAACAUCAGAACAUAUCUGAGAUCAAAGGAUACUUACAGCGCCAGUGGACACGGAUUCUAUCUGGCAGAGUGUCUCUUCAAGAUUUUAUAUUUGCAAAAGAAGUUUGCUUGGGCACUUACAGUGCAAAUGCGGGCUCAUCACUCCCACCAGCAGCAAUUGUUGCUACUAAAGCAAUGAAAGCAGAUCGCCGUGCAGAACCUCGCUAUGGAGAGAGAGUGCCUUAUGUUGUGAUCCAUGGAGAUCUAGGUGCUCGCCUGGUUGAUAUGGUUGUAGAUCCUUUGGAGCUUUUGGCUAUCGAUUCUCCUUACAGACUAAAUGAUAUAUAUUACAUUAACAAACAGAUAAUUCCAGCACUCCAGCGGGUAUUUGGACUUCUCGGUUCAGACUUACACCGGUGGUUUUCAGAGAUGCCUCGCCCAGGUAGAGAUACCUCUGCUAAGCGCCUAUCUUAUGGUUCAAAUCCUCAGCGAACUAGAAUUGAUUAUUACUAUCUCUCAAAGCAUUGUGUGCUAUGUGAUGAGUUAGUCCACGGAUCAACUCAUAUAUGCAACAAAUGUUCACGGGACGAAACUGCUGCUGCAACUGCAAUAAUUGGAAGAACCUCUAAAUUGGAGAAGGAGAUGCAACACCUUGCAGCUAUAUGUCGACAUUGUGGGGGUGGAGACUGGCUUGUGGAGAGUGGGGUGAAGUGCACUUCACUUGCUUGCUCGGUCUUUUACGAGAGGCGUAAAGUGCAGAAAGAACUACAGGGUAUCUCUACAAUUGCGGCGGAUAAAGGUUUUUAUCCAAAAUGUAUGGUCGAGUGUCACUCUUCUCAGUUCACAAAAAUGGCGCAUAGUCCACUAACUAUGCUUCUACUGAGACGCAUCACUCUCCACUCCAUAAACCCUAGAAAACCUUCAAUUUUCAACCACCAUUUCCUUAAACCCUACUCCACUUCUUCUUCACCAGACACACCUCCCAAACCCUCGUCUCUUUCAGCUCGUAUGAGCUUCGUCUUCGAUCAAAUCGACACCAUCGAACGUGAACGUACCGAACGAGAUCAAACCCUUCAACGAAUUCGCGCUUGGCGCCUCUCCAAAAAACCCCAACAACAAAACCCAGAACCCGUUACUAACCAGAACCACGAUUUUGAAUCUGGGUAUUUAAAUGACGGUGAUUCUAAUUUGAAUUUGACUGAGAAUAAUAAUAAUGGGUCUGUUGAGGUGAAUAAGAAAUUGAAGGUGGAGGUGGAGGUGGCUCACCCGUGGCCGGAGUGGAUUGAAUUGAUGGAGAGAUUAGUCCAGCAGAAUUACUUUGAUCAUAGAAGAAAAGAUGAAGAUAAAAUGGUUCAGGAGAUUGGAUUUGAUGGGUAUAAUAUUGGUGAUGAUAAUAAUGAUGUUGGAAUUGAUUUUCAGGAUUUCAAGACUGUGCAAAAUGCUUGUAUUAAUUUCGGCAAGGAUCGGUUUGAUAUCUUCAGGUCGUUGUCGAAAAAGGAUAUUCAGAUUUUAGUUGGUUAUGGAUGCCCCAGUGUAGAUAAGAAAGUUGUUUUCUCUGCUAAGCUAUUGAGAAAACAUGUCCAUCUUGAUGAAGGUGAUGUUUGUAGUAACUGCAAUUUGAGAAGUUCUUGUGAAAGAGGUUAUCUGCUAACCAAUAAAGAGGAUGAGGCACGGACAAUUGAUAUCAUGAGGGUUCUUCUAACUUAUGGUUUUGAUCCUAUAAAUGGAUCAGUAGUCAAUAAGUCUCUUCUGAAACAAAAAUCUCUCAGGACUGUAAUCCGUAAAUUGCUUCAUGAGGUUGUGAAGCUGAGCGCAGUUCCAAUAGAUCCUAAUCUCCCUCCUCCAGUAAUAAAAAGGCCCCCACCAAAGGUGAAGCAGCCUCCUCCUACUCCAAAAAGACGAGUGGGGCGUGAUGAUGUUGAGAUGAAAAAAGGGGAUUGGCUCUGUCCUAAGUGUGAUUUCAUGAAUUUUGCCAAGAAUACAGUGUGCUUGCAGUGUGAUGCCAAGCGGCCAAAGAGACAAUUGCUUCCAGGAGAAUGGGAAUGCCCAGAGUGCAACUUCUUGAACUAUAGGAGAAAUAUGGCGUGUUUCCAUUGUGAUUGCAAGCGUCCACCCGAUGAAUUUAUUGAAAAUAAAAUGGAAGAGAGGGAGCAUAUUCGUAACCCAAGGAUGGAGAGGACUACUAGCCGCUCUGAAGUUUCGAAUGCCUGGAAUUUUGACUUUGAUGACAAUGAAUCAGAUGGCGCAGAUGUUGCUGCUUUUGAGUAUGCAGAUCCAGCAGCAGCGGAAGAAAAUUCCCGUUUGCAUGCUCAAGCUCGAGGAGGAAACUUUAGAGAGCCUGAUGAUGAUCUUAACAAUGCCCGUAGAAUUUCAAGACUUCCUGAAAGAGAAUAUUCGGAACCUAGUCAUAAUAGAUCCGGAUUGGGGUUUGAUGAUUUUGACGAUGAAGAUGAUGUAGACAGUUACGAGCUAGACACUGGAAACGAUAGUCCUGCCUGGAACGGUUCUGGAAAUAAUUUUUCGGGCCAAGGGGGCUCAGAUUUUGAAGAUGAAAACUUUCAUAACUCGCGCGAUCGUGGAAGGAAUAAUCCACCAUCUCAUGGUAAACCAUCUAGACCUAUGCGUAAUAAGGCAACUUUCUCUGGAUCUGACUAUGAUGGUUCAGACAUAGAUUCUGAAGAAAAACUCUCAGUUUACCCAAAAUGGAAAUCUAGUCAUGUUGCUGAUGCUGGCCCUAGACGUUCAAACAGAGGUACAGAUUCAAGAGGUCCAUCAAAGCGACUAAGUUUUGGGUCGGAUGAAGAGAAUGAGCUUGAUUCUGAUGCAGAUGAGGAUUUUGGCUCCGGCCGAAGCAAAGGGAAUAAACCGGGUUUUGGAGGAAGGAACUAUAAAGCUAACUUUUCUGGUUCACUGUCUGAGGAUGAUCAGCCAUACUCUCACGGAAAUAGGUCUAGAAGGAAUACGAUGGAACCUGGUGGUAGGCGUGACAAUGUCAGAGGCCGCGAAGAUAAUGCAUAUGGGAGAGAUACCCAGGGAAGAUCGAGGAGUAAGAUGGGUGACAGAAGGAGUUCUUCGGAUGAUGGUUAUUAUGAUAGAUCAUCUCGAAGGUCCAAUGAUAGGAGUGGGGGAUCGAGGAGUAAGAUGGGUGACAAAAGGAAUUCCUUGGAUGAUGGGUUUAAUAGAUUAUCUCGGAGGUCCGAUGAUAAGAAUAGAGGAUUUAGAGGCAAUAGUCACUCCACACGAGGAACGAACGAUAGAGACGAUAAAAGGAGUUUUAGGGGAUCAAAACAGGACAGAUUUAGUAAUCGACAAGGAAGGUCCCGUGAUAAUUAUGUGGACUCUGACAAGGAUUUUGGUGAGUUUAAAAAUAGCCGCCGAGUUAUUGAGAGGUAAAUUUGAGGUAGCGGAUGAUUGAUGAUCGACAUGACACAAUGAGAUAUUGAAUGUGCAAUGCUAAGAACAUGCCUCUUUGUAACUGCCAUUGCUGGUCAGAAAUGUUUUCCGUUCUGAAGUUUCUCUCCGGUGAAUUUGUUUUAAAGGACGAUACCAGAAAACCCACCAAGGUGAAAUGCUUCUGCUCCUAAUUUCCUGUGUAUCACUAUGCUCAAUAGCUAGUCUAGCACUAUCCAUUCCAAAAAUAUAAAAUUAUAAAUAACCAUUUCUCCCUUUUCUUAAUGAUAGCAAAAAUGAUACU